CACUUUAAUUCCACUUUAGAAGGUAGUAAAAAGUCUGGUGACGUUAAAAUUGUGCCCUAUGCAAUUUUCAUUAUAGGAAUAUGCUUGUUGUAAAUAUAAACAGUUUAUUACUUCAUUAUAUAGAUAUUCACUUGCAAUGAAUUACACAUGUUGUGUUAAAAAAUUAACAGUAUUUCACUGGAUAAAGGAGGAAGUUAAAAUAAUCAUAUGUGAAAGAAGAGGAAGAUAAAAUACUUAUAUAUUAUAGUUGAGGAAGUUAAAAGACUUAUAUAUUUCAUGCAAAGAAAAAAUGCGGUUAAACACAGAAGAUAAGUUAAACGUUUUUGAAUAAUAUAAAGCCUGUGAAAAGAUCCUUUAUAGAACGCAACCAAGCCAUAAAACAGCAGAUUGAGUUUGAUUGUGUCUCUUCAUGAGAGGUGAUGAAACGUACAACAUCCGUCACGCCCCCUAGUACCGGCUUAAGAGGAAUUCUAUCAUGUCCAUUUACAAAUAAACCUCUGAAGAUUUGAAUCAUAACUACAAAUGGCUCAACAACUUGCACACAGCCAACAGCUAAAAUAUCCAAAAUACAGAAACUGGGUGAAAGCUGGUCUAGGACUGAAAUAUCUCAAGGAAGGUCUGGAAACAUUUUCAGACGAUGUUAUCGACCAGCAGCAUACGGACAUCAUAAAUGUAGUUCAGAAAAAGCAUAAUUUACCGAUGGUAAACUGUGGACAAUGCAAUCUACGCAACCUUCAGCCAGAUCAUGUUCGAAAUAACAAUAAACAAUGCCCAUUAGGCCAAAACAAUUGUAAUUGCAUGUUUCCUGGCGGGAAGAUUACAUGUCCAAACAAUGUUUGUGGUGCUAUAUAUGACGAAAUCAUCAUUAACCAUGCUUCAAAUCCCCCAGCUCCCAACUGGAAAAAUACAGAUGUUCAGAAUUGGUGCACGGAUGCUUGGGCAGUCGCCAAAUGCUAUAUAAACGCUCCUGGGUAUACAACAAAACGGAACGCCAAAGAAAUUGAUUGCACAGGAUUGUUGCGCCUGUACAUCAAUAGCAAAUAUCUGCAGAGAAAAAUCCAGUGCAAGAUAACGGGACAAGAUGUUUUUACAAAGACAAGGUCUGCAAGAAAUAUCAUCUACCAUUCUAAUAGUAUGGAAAUGGAGGAUAUCGAAGUUGAUGAGUAUAUUGACAACAUGAUUGCAGUUCUAGAAGAUGGGAAAGAGCUUAUUAACAGACAGGAAUCACAAGAUGCAGUAAUAAAGUUAAAAGAGCUCAAGAAUUCUUCUAUUGUUAUAUCUACUCAAGAUGAAGCCGUGGUCAUAAAAGAGGCCUUUACUGAGAUCGAUCAGAUGAUCAAUGACCUUAAAGAAACAAUUCAGGAAGGAGAUGAAACUGUAACACAGAAAGGAAAUGCAGCUUUGCAAGCAGUUCAAAAGACAAGAGAACAAUUGGAAAAUAGAGCAAAGGAGAUUUUAGAUAACAUUAAAAAGGUUGCCAGUGACAGUAAACACGACAUAGAAAUGGAAUUAAAAAAAGCUUUACAUCAAAUAAAAACUGCAGUAAAUGUAAAUGCAACAUCAGCAGAAAAAGCUAAAGAUUUCCAAAGGAGUCUUGUAGAGAUGUACCUCGAAUAUGUUGUCAAAGUAUCACCAGUAUUGCUUCAUCCUGAAAGGACUGAUACUGUUAUCAGUCAAUUGUAUGUGGAUCCAUAUUUGGAAAUAGAACCAAGAGAGAAAGGUAAUACGCAAGAGAAAACAAGAGUUUCAUCAUAUACGGAAGUAUUUGAAAAGGACGGCAAACCACUGAAAUUAAUAUACCUGAUCGGUGAAGCUGGGUCUGGUAAAAGUACAUUCUGUAUAGACAUGAUCCACAAAUGGUGUCUGGCGCAUUCUGAACAACGUACGCAAGAAUCAGAAAACGUACAAUUUAUGAAAAAGUUCAAGUAUUUAUUUUACAUAUACCUCCGCCAUAACAUGGAUGCUGAUCGCAUUGAAACAAUGAUUAGAAAUCAUUAUGAAAAUGACGUUUUAGAACCGAUACUGACAAAGGAAUCAGGUGACUGUCUUAUCUUAUUAGAUGGUCUAGAUGAAUGGACUGCAACAGAACAGCAGCGGACUGUUUCACAGUUUCAAACCAAAGGACUUCCGAUACGCGAUCUUCGAAAGAAAUAUACAGUCAUAACAACUUCAAGGCCUUGGAAAUUUGAAUCACUUAGUAUCAAAAGUACCGAGAAUAACCAAACUCUCAGACUUCGUGGAGUAUUUGAUGUUGAUGAGAUGGCAAGAAAAACAGUUAAUGAGCUAAAUGAAAUGUUUCGAAUGAGCAAAAAUAAAGCUGAUUUUGACAAAGACUUUUCAAAAUGUUCAUUUGAAGACGACAUGAAACGUAUGCCCAUGGUAAUCCAACAACUAGUUUGUCUUUGGUUUGAUGGGAAACUGAAACAAUUUGGCAAAAGUGAAAUAUAUAGUAACAUGAUAAGUCUUUAUUUUGAAUGGGCAGACAGACGGAAUCCUGAUGACCACGUUUUGAAAAAUCUAAAAGAAAAGUCGAUUCUUUCAAGGGACGUUAUACUUCCAAAUCAAUGUAUUCGUACAGAGCUAUGCGAAGAACAUAAAUAUGUCAUACAUCAUGUAGGUAGGUUAGCUUAUAAGACACUUUUUUCAGAGUAAAAAGAGUUGUCUCUGUCAUUCAAUAAUUCUACGUUCCUAAAAUAUGAAAUCCCUGAAGAAGUCAUUCAGUGUUGCCUGGUCGUCGGUCUCUUGACAAAAGAACACGAAAUCGGUUUAUCUUUAAGCAGAAGGAAACACGUAUCGUUUACUUUCGUUCAUAAGUCUUUACAAGAGUUUUUCGCUGCAAUUUUUCUAUAUGUAGAAAUUAAGCAAAGAUCACCACAGAUGUUCAAGAUGUACACUAUAGAUACUAUAGAUGAUAACAUAAAAUGUUUACAAGACUUUCUAGGCAGUUGUAAAACUGUGGCCGACAUCCUUGUGCAGUCAAAUGUUAUUUCAUAUUUAUGCGGAUUCGACACUUACCAUGCUGCACAUGUUUCGAGAUUCCUAUUCAAUAUCUCUCAUGAAGACGACAUGUUCAUUGCAUUUCGUAAAAAUGUCAUGUACGACCCAUUUGAAAGACAUACUUUUCUAUGUGGAAGACCUGUUUUUCCAUUAGAAGAUCAGCGGACAUUUUUUUUAAAUCCCCGUAGCCAUAUUAAUGCAAACAUAUUAGGCAUGCAGGACCUAAUUUUGUCCUGCAUUAAAGAAGCAACUAUACCCGAAGGGAAAGCGGAGCAGUUAUAUUUUCUAGCAGAUAUUGCAUAUGAAAGCUUAUCUUAUACGGAUAUAAAGAAUAAGGAGAUGAUAAAAUAUGUUAAAGCGGAGUAUGUGUCGUUUAUGAGCUUGCAUCUCUCUGGAAUACCGAUAUUUCUCUUUGACAUAUUAAACGACCCUGCUAUAGGCCGACAUUUAUCGACACUGAAAAUAUUUUUUUCAGGACCUGUAAUGGGUGAAGGAAAAAAGAUUUUGUUAAAACUUUUUGUGAAAAGUGAGGUGACUUUAAAAUGCUUAUUUCUUAAAUCAUUGCCAGAAAUAUAUGGUAUUGGCCCUAUGUACUCUUUCUUUCAAGACGUUGUAAAGAUGCUUCCGAAUUUGAAAAACCUUCUCUCGCUCAGACUCGAGAGGAUUACUCUGUUGUACAGUGAUAUAUUUAUGCUGUGUAGUUUCCUGACAGGAGCGACUUAUUUGCGCCAGAUAUUUCUACGACAUGUAACUUAUUACCCAAUCCAAGACGUAUUAUAUCAAAAAAGCUGUGAAAUCAAUCUUUCAAAACACUGUCAGCUGCAAUUUUGGAGUCAUGACUAUUGUCCAAUUAGACGCAUGUAUUUGGAUGCAUUCUGUCUUGAAACAUGUGCAAAUUGCUUACCGUAUUUCGACAAGAGACAUUAAGGCUGCGUUUCACAUGAUAAUAACAUCUAAAUGCCUACAUUUCACUUUAAAAUCUUAACAUAAUUAAUAAGUAUCAGUAAACAGUCAUAUGUAGAUUUAAUUGCUCUUUUGUAUUGGAAGCCCCUUUUUCAUUUAUAAUUUUACACUUCUCAUGGUCAAAUAUCUUCCUUUUUGUUAUUGUCGUCUGUCUCGGCAUUCAUUUUGAUAUCAUAAGCCUACGAACACUAUCAGAACGUCAACCGGAAAUAAGCUGGCGAAGUUGCAGUUUCUCGUUUAAUUAAAAUGAUGCACAGUUAUACUGAGGGCCAGCGACUAUAAGGAUGCAUUAAAUAUAUUGUUUUCAUAUCAAAUAAAAGUGCAUGUAAUUAGCAAAGUGUUUCUUGAAUAAAUUUGCUAAAUAUGUAA